AUGUCAGCUGCUCGUCCAACCGUCAAUGUCCACGGUGGUGAAGCCUCUUCAUCAUCAGUACCACUUCCAGCUGUUUUGACUGCACCAAUCCGUUUGGAUGUUGUCGCCGCUGUUCACAAGUCAAUUGCUAAGAACAAGCGUCAACCAUACGCAGUCAGCCCACAAGCUGGUCACCAAACCUCUGCUGAGUCUUGGGGUACUGGUCGUGCUGUUGCCCGUAUUCCACGUGUUGGUGGUGGUGGUACUCACCGUUCUGGUCAAGCCGCCUUCGGUAACAUGUGUCGUAGCGGUCGCAUGUUCGCUCCAACUCGUGUUUGGAGAAAGUGGCACGUCAAGGUAAACCAAAACCAACGCCGUUUCGCUGUUGUUUCCGCUUUGGCCGGAUCUUCACUUCCUUCAUUGGUUUUGGCACGUGGACACAGAGUUGACCAGCUUGAAGAAGUUCCAUUGGUUGUUCCAUCUUCAGUCGAGUCUAUCCAGAAGACCAAGCAAGCUAUUGACUUGCUCAAGUCUGUUGAUGCUUACGACGAUGUUGUCAAGGUUUCCAACUCACGUGGUAAGCGUGCCGGUAAGGGUAAAUACCGUAACCGUCGCUACCGUCAACGUAGAGGUCCUCUUGUCGUCUACGAUGAAGACAAGGGUCUUAGCAAGGCUUUCCGUAACCUUCCAGGUGUUGAACUUUGCAACGUUCGUCGUCUUAACCUUCUUCAAUUGGCUCCUGGUGGUCACAUUGGUAGAUUCAUCAUCUGGACUGAGGGUGCUUUCAAAUUGUUGGAUGAAAUCUUCGGUACCUUCGACAAGCCAUCUUCUCAAAAGCUUGGCUACACCCUCCCACACGCUAAGAUUGCUAAUGCUGACAUUACUCGUGUUAUCAACUCUGAUGAAAUCCAAUCAGUCCUUAGACCAAAGGGACCAAAGGAGGCUAAGCGUCCAUUCACCCAAAAGAAGAACCCUCUCCGUAACAAGAACGUUCUUUACAGACUUAACCCAUACGCUCAAUCAUUGCGUCGUCAAGAAAUUCUCAAGUCUGAGAAGAACAGAAAGUCUAACGUUAAGAAGAGCGCUCCUUCAGGUCAAGCUAGUAAGGAAUUCUUGGAGACUUUGCUUGCUCCAUAA